UCAGCCGCCGCUCGGUCCUGUAGCAGCCAGCUCUGUCUCCGGCAGCAUGUUCAGCUGGGUGAGCAAGGAUGCCCGCCGCAAGAAGGAGCCGGAGCUCUUCCAAACGGUGGCCGAGGGGCUGCGGCAGCUAUACGCGCAGAAGCUGCUGCCGCUGGAGGAGCACUAUCGCUUCCACGAGUUCCACUCGCCCGCGCUGGAGGACGCUGACUUCGACAACAAGCCCAUGGUGCUCCUGGUCGGCCAGUACAGCACCGGCAAGACCACCUUCAUCCGCCACUUGAUCGAGCAGGACUUCCCAGGGAUGCGCAUCGGGCCGGAGCCCACCACCGACUCCUUCAUCGCGGUCAUGCAUGGCCCCACCGAGGGCGUGGUGCCCGGCAACGCGCUCGUCGUGGACCCGCGGCGCCCCUUCCGCAAGCUCAACGCCUUCGGCAACGCCUUCCUCAACAGGUUCAUGUGUGCACAGCUGCCCAACCCAGUACUGGACAGCAUCAGCAUCAUCGACACUCCUGGGAUCCUGUCUGGAGAGAAGCAACGCAUCAGCCGAGGCGUGGGCUCUCUCCUUUUCUACAGUUGUGGGGGCCCCAGCCAGCAUGGUGUUGCAUCAGACUACAGUGCAGAUGCUUCUUUGCAGAGCUUACCCUGGGUUUGGGCGGGUGGGGCUUUUGUACCCACCAGGACCCAGAAUUUCCACCACUUCCUCAAGCUGGCCCUAACCAAGAACCCCAAGAAGAGGCCUACAGCUGAGAAGCUUCUGCAGCACCCGUUCACGACCCAGCAACUCCCUCCGGCCCUCCUUACUCAGCUCCUCGACAAGGCCAGUGACCCCCACCUGGGAACCCUCUCCCCUGAAGACAGUGAACUAGAGACCCAUGAUAUGUUUCCAGAUACCAUUCACUCGAGGAGCCAUCAUGGUCCAGCUGAGAGGACCCCCUCCGAGAUCCAAUUUCAUCAAGUGAAAUUUGGUGCUCCUCGCCGGAAGGAGACAGAUCCUCUCAAUGAACCGUGGGAGGAGGAGUGGACACUCCUGGGAAAAGAGGAACUGAGUGGGAGCCUGCUGCAGUCAGUCCAGGAGGCCCUAGAGGAAAGGAGCCUGACUAUCCGGCCAGCCUUAGAAUUCCAGGAGCUGGACUCCCCAGAGGAUGCCACUGGAACUAUCAAACGGGCCCCACUUUUGGGGCUGUCCCACACUGACUCAACAUCUAAUGACAAUGCCCAGUCCUGCUCCGCAGGUACCCUGUCAGCACCUCCAGCUGGCCCUGGCAGCCCCCCACUGCUGCCCACCGCCUGGGCUACUCUGAAGCAGCGGGAGGAUCCUGAGCGGUCAUCCUGCCAUGGUCUUCCUCCCACCCCCAAGGUGCACAUGGGCGCCUGCUUCUCCAAGGUCUUCAAUGGCUGCCCCCUGCAGAUCCAUGCUGCUGUCACUUGGGUUCACCCUGUGACUCGAGACCAGUUCCUGGUGGUAGGAGCCGAGGAAGGCAUCUACACCCUCAACCUGCAUGAACUGCAUGAGGACACGUUGGAGAAGCUCAUCUCCCAGCGCUGCUCCUGGCUCUACUGUGUGAACAAUGUGUUGCUGUCACUCUCAGGGAAGUCCACACAUAUCUGGGCGCAUGACCUCCCAGGCCUGUUUGAGCAGCGGAGACUGCAGCACCAGGCACCCCUCUCCAUUCCCACCAACCGCAUCACUCAGCGCAUCAUCCCCAGGCGCUUUGCCCUGUCCACCAAGAUUCCUGACACCAAAGGCUGCUUGCAGUGUCGUGUGGUUCGAAACCCCUAUACUGGCAGUACCUUCCUGCUGGCUGCCCUGCCUGCCAGCCUGCUUCUGCUGCAGUGGUAUGAGCCACUACAGAAAUUCCUGCUGCUGAAGAACUUUUCCAGUCCCUUGCCCAGCCCGGCAGGGAUGCUGGAGCCGCUGGUGCUCGAUGGGAAGGAGCUGCCACAGGUGUGUGUGGGCGCUGAGGGACCCGAGGGACCCGGCUGCCGAGUCCUGUUCCAUGUCUUGCCUCUGGAGGCUGGCCUGACUCCAGACAUCCUCAUCCCUCCUGAAGGGAUCCCGGGUUCUGCACAGCAGGUGAUCCAAAUGGACAGGGACACAGUCCUGGUCAGCUUUGAACGCUGUGUGAGAAUCGUUAACCUGCAGGGGGAACCCACGGCUGCACUCGCCCCUGAGCUAACCUUUGACUUCCCUAUUGAGACUGUGGUGUGUCUGCAGGAUAGUGUGCUGGCGUUCUGGAGCCAUGGCAUGCAGGGCCGAAGCCUCGACACCAACGAGGUGACCCAGGAGAUUACAGAUGAGACCAGGAUUUUCCGAGUGCUGGGGGCCCACAGGGACAUCAUCCUGGAAAGCAUUCCCACUGACAACCCUGGGGCACACAGCAACCUCUACAUCCUCACGGGUCACCAGAGCAGCUACUGAGCUAUCUCCCUGAUGGUGCCCAGGCCUCGGUUACCACCUCCAGCUUCUGCUGGCAUCUCAGAGGGCAGACCUAAUUCUAAGAAAUGUUUGGGGGCAGAGAGGAGAGGUAGCCCACCCACCUCAGCAAUAACUGGACCGAGGGGAGCUGUGAGCACCUACCGUCCCUGGAGAGUUGUCCCCAGUACAGGAAGCCCUGGACCGGAUGGGCUGCCUGGCUGAUCCAUUCCACUUUUUCACUUUUCCUUUCCAUUCUUUCUGCCAAGAGCCCGUCCCAGGUUCUAUCCUGGGCAACAUGUAUUUAAGAGAGAAUUAUAUUGGUAUUAAAACUGGUUGGUUUUAUCCCA